CAAUGGAGACCACCCAAAAUGUGAACCAAAUCAAAGCUCAGAGAGUGAUGUGGAAGAGAAGAAGAAGAAGAAGAAGAAGAAGAAACACUCUGCAGAAGUUGAAUCCUUCCCAAUCUUCUUCCUCAUGGGAACCAUUUUUCCUCCUCACAUGACUCUCCCUCCACUCUCCAGCAUCAAACCUUCACCCACAAGACUCCUCUUAUCUCCUCCCUCUCCCUUACCCAAGUCCAAUUCUCUCUUCUGCUCCAGACCCAUUAUUUCCAGCCUCAGAAAGAAUCAAACUUUAUCUCUUAAACCUUCAUUGGCUUCCUCAGGCACAAGCUGGCUGAGUCAUGCUCAACAGGGUCUUGCAGCUUUGGCUAUCACCUUGGCACUGAAUUUCAGCCCAAUCUUCCUCAGUGGCAAUGCUCUGGCUUCUGAGUUUGAUGUUCUCAACGAGGUUCCAGCCAAGGAUUCUUAUGUGGUUGAUGAUGCAGGAGUGCUUAGUCGGGUCACUAGGUCUGAUUUGAAGGGACUAUUGUCUGAUUUGGAGUCGAGGAAGAAAUUUCACAUCAAUUUUAUCACAGUUCGAAAACUCACGAGCAAAGCUGAUGCUUUUGAGUAUGCUGACCAAGUUUUGGAGCGAUGGUAUCCUUCUGUAGAAGAGGGUAAUGACAAGGGUAUUGUGGUUCUUGUCACCAGUCAGAAAGAAGGAGCGGUCACCGGUGGCCCGGCUUUUGUCCAAGCAGUGGGAGAAAAUAUUCUUGAUGCCACUGUCGCAGAGAACCUUCCAGUAUUGGCUACGGAUGAGAAGUACAACGAAGCUGUUCUAAGCACUGCUAAACGGCUAGUUGCAGCCAUUGACGGGCUUCCAGAUCCUGGUGGUCCCCAAGUUAAAGACAACAAACGUGAGUCUAACUUCAGAACCAAGGAAGAGACAGAACAGAAGCGUGGACAAUUCUCUCUUGUAGUUGGAGGUUUGUUGGUCGUCGCAUUUGUUGUUCCUAUGUUACAAUACUAUGCUUAUGUAGCCAAAAAAUAAGAAAAGAGUUAUCUAACUAGAUCUGUCUUCCAAAUUAUCACUCUUUAAAUUCAGAUGCAUAAUGUGGAGUUGUAACCAUGCUCAUGUUACAAUUGAGUAUGAGAAAAGUGAACAAUAAGAUCAUAGUUUUGGCUUGUAUAUGUAAUUCCAAAAUAUGUGCAUUGGGCUA